AUGCGUAAGACACCACAGUCCCCGCGGGUCAUGCAAGAGAACCUUAGACGGAGCACCACGCCUCACAUGUCAUGCAAGGUUCCAGCACUCACGCCGAGGGGAGCCCGAUGCACCCUGCGAGAGAACCACCUCCCACACGUCAUGCACAGGCGUAGCACAAGAUCCUCACCAUGGAAGCCCGGUACACCAGUCAUGCGAGGAGAACCACCUCCACGAGGGGAAGGUCAGCUCGACGGGUCAUGUAGGAGAACCGAGUCGAGUCAGCUGAUGGACGGGCCGGCGUCUGUGAUCCGCGGGGCGAGUCGCUCAGCCAAGUGCGAGAUACAAAUCGUGCUCGGCUUUAUCGCGACGCCAUCGGGACCCCGUCAGGAUCCCGUCAGGACCCCGUCAGGAUCCGAGAUUUACGUUUUAAAAGUCGUUCGUUGUAACGAGCAUGGCGAGAGUGUGAUGCUACGACCGGUGUUCACACGUGAGACCAUGGCUGUACAUAUAGUUAACUCGACACGUCUGGCGUGCGAGCCUCCACGCGUCCAUGUAUGGAGGCUUGACCUGGGAGGAGGCGAGCAGCGUGAAGUGGGCUCACACAGCGGGAGAGCCGAAGCCACAACACCUGAGCACACAGCGAUAUUCCACAUAGGAAAAUAUACCCCCAAUACAUUACAAGAAAGAUUAGUACUCCACCUUCGACACCAUACACCCCCAGAUAUGCUCACCGGAAGUAUACAGCACACCCACACUCACCAUCUCGGGACGGUGGUGCUGAGUUCCCGCGAGCACACGUGCAUUCACCCGACGGUCAGCAGGUCCAGGAAUAAGAACGAAGGAUGCCGGGAACUCCUCGAUCCUCAGCGGGGCGAGGGCUGCCGCUUCAACCACGGCGUGGCGCGGAUCAAGCGGCACGAGCAGCUGGCGCAGUUCGGGCUGGACGCGGCGUGGGACAUCGAGGACCUGGUGCGCCUCGGGAAGAAGAUCAAGGCGUGCCCCUACUUCGCGGCGCGGUCCCUGGUCGACACGGCGGAGAUCGUCUUCUGCCCCUACAACUACCUGGUGGAUCCGCUCAUCCGGGAGGCGAUGAGCAUCAACCUGACGGAGCAGGUGAUCAUCCUGGACGAGGCUCAUAAUAUCGAGGACAGCGCUCGGGAGGCGGCCUCCUGCACCCUGACGCAGGACGCCAUCCUGGAGGCGAGGGACGACUUGGAGAAGCUCGCGGCUCUGAAGGUCGACGAGGAGGAGUGUACCAAGCUGGCCAGCAUGCUGAGUGCAUUAAGCGGUUGGGUGGACCAAAACUCCGACAAGUUGACUGACUACACAGAGUUUGACAGGUCUGGAAAGAUCUUCACUGGCACGCAGAUGAUAGCCAGCUUAGAUAUGCUUGGUAUUGGGAACGACAAGAUUGGUGAACUAAAGCGCUGCUUCAAUGUAGUGACAGAUGACCAAGAUCCCGAGGACUUGAACCCUCGCAUCAGCUCUAACACAAGUAUGCUACUGAAGAGUCUCUUCCUUAUGUAUGAGUUUCUGUACAUGGACAACAUGAAGUACAGAGAUGACUACCGCAUUGCCAUUGUAAAGUCUCAGACCAGGAAAAGGGCGCCUAAUGCUUCAGGAUGGCUAGGUAAGAGAGCCACAAUCAGCUGGGCAUUCUCCAUCAACUUCUGGUGCCUUAACCCUGGUGUGGCAUUCAGUUCAGUCGGUGCAAAUGUCCGUUGCAUCAUCCUGACCUCCGGCACCCUGUCUCCAAUGAGUUCAUUUCAGUCUGAACUGGGAGUCCCUUUUAAGAUUCAGCUGGAGGCUAAUCAUGUCAUUGACAAGAAUCAGGUAUGGGUUGGCACUGUUGGAAAGGGGCCAACCGACCAAAUGCUCCAGGCAACAUACCGGCACACAGAGACCUGGGGAUUCCAAGACGAGUUAGGGAAGCUGGUGCUGGAUGUGUGUCGCUCUGUUCCCCGGGGAGUCUUGUGCUUUUUGCCCUCCUAUUCCCUGCUGAACAAACUCCUUGAUAGAUGGCAGAUAACUGGGCUCUGGGAUGAAUUGAACAAAGUCAAGAUCAGCAUGUGUGAGCCUCGCAGCGGGGAGGAAUUUGAGGAGACAAUGAAACUCUUCUAUGACACUAUUAGGAGAACUGGGGAAGAAUGUGAUGGUGAAGUGAAUGGCGCGUUUUUCAUGGCUGUUUGUCGAGGAAAAGUCAGUGAAGGACUAGACUUCACAGAUGAUAAUGCACGUGCUGUUAUAGCUUAUAGGUUCAAAGUGAUACAGCUGUAUUCAAUAUAUACCCUGUCAGUGGAGGCCUUAGUAAUGAUGUGUGUAAAAAGCAACGACAUCAUGCAGUUCCUUUCUAUGGCAGUCACCUAUAGAAGGGCGGAGUCAACAGAACAAGUAUAUCGAAGGGUCCUCUCCAAGUGGGUGCGCAAUAAGAUUGUGCACCAUCCGUCUUAUGCCAUGGGACUCUCCAGUCUCAAUCAGUUUGCGAGAAAUAUGACUGCAAAUCCACCAAAGAAACCUGAAAGCAUGAAUGAAACUCAAACAGCAACAGUAGAGAAGGAUGCAGUGUGUGGGAAUUCAAGUAAAUUUCAGACUGCCAAGAUGUUGCUUGACUCAGAGAACAGUUCAUCAACAACAGCUGGAGCUUUGUCCAUGCUUGUAGAUGGUUUAGGGUCAACCCAAAAUACCACAGUUACAACCCUUUUGACGCUAGUGUUAAAAAUGAAACGGGCAUUAUAUUACCAUCCCAAUUUAGCUCAACAAUUAGUCCUCCAACAAGAAUUUUACUAUAGUGCAUUAACCUUGCAUACAUCGUCUAAAGAGACUUCAAUUGGAAAGGUGUCCCAGGUGCCAUGUUCCCCUGAUAAUUCUGUAGAUAACCCUCCCAAAAGAAGGAAAUCAUUUUUCUUGACAAAUUCAGAAGCAAGUAAUAGCCAUGCCCAGAAAGAUGAGGGACCAAAGUUGGAGAGUUCCUCGGCAGCAGACCAGGAAGUGUAUGAGUUUCAGUAUAUUGAUCCAAAGAGUAAAGUUCAUGUAUCACCCCUAAAAGAACUGCUAGAGACUGAGAUCAGAUCAAGGGCAAAUUCUUCCCCUGUGCAAUGUAACAGUAGAAAAGAAGAACCACAGUCAAAGAAGAACCUUGGACAGGAAUUCAUCAAUGGUGAGAGCAAAACGGGGACAUCGUCAUCCUCACAUGAUAGAAGUUCUUCCCCACAGAUGUUUGAUUCAGAUGAAGACCUUUUUGCUGAUGCUACACCAAAGAAAAACAAGCAGAAAGGUGGAAAAGAUGAAAAAUCUACUGUCUCUGGCCUGAAGCCGUCAAAUGUUCGAUUAGCUCCAAUUUUUGGUAGUCAUUUAGCAUACCAGAAGAAAAAGGUAACACCACCAAAAGAGAAGGAACCAAAAUCAGUAGAAAAGUCUCAGAAAUCAGAAGGAAAAUCAAAGGGCUGUGGGAAAAUUAACUGUGGAAAGGAAAACAGUGAGUGUUGCAAGGUUCCAAGAAAGAGGCCACUCAUGAGUCAGAAUGUCCCAAGCCAAGUUCCUCCGACAGUAGGAGCAGAAUCAGAUUUAGAUGAUUUUGACCUUAAUCAGAGCUACAACAGUCCAGCAGGAGGGGAAAGGGUAGUUCGUCGAGUUUCUAGAGGUAGACGUUCCUUAUCCCGCCGUAAGGGAGUGCAGUACUCAGAUGCUGAGGAUUUGUGAUAGGUCAGGAUCAAUAGAGGAAAUUCAUGUGAAAUUUAGAGAACUAAAUGUCAUGAGGAUUAUACUGGUAUAUUUAAAGAUUUUUUUUUUUUUUUUUUUUUUGCUACAUAGAAACAUUGUAUGUAAAAGGAAAAGGAGAAAACUGUGAAGUAUUUGGCAUCAUCCAUAUUAUGUGGUGGAGUGUCCUGCAUGUGAGAAGAAAAAUAAGUGUUCAGAAGGCAUGGGUAGUUACGGUGAAUGGGCAUAAAUUCAUAUUGUUUGUGAUAGUCAUUUACAAUUGAAUAAGCUAUGUGGCAUAUGCUGUAUUUCUUUUAAUAAUUUUGUCUUUAUAGAAAAUCUCAUCUCACCAACAUACAGUACAUGUAUUACAUAUUACCUCUUCCAUUUAUGUAUAAUUUUAAUUGAAUUGUUCUUCAAGUUAAUUGUUGUCUUCAGAUUGCUUGUUUAGUUCCUAAGUGGUUUGUGGCUGCUCAUUGAUUGCAGUGAAUGAUUCUUCUAAUAACUUAAUAUUCAGGGCUGUUUCAGCUACUAAUCCUAAGUUGGCUCUUCAUUUUUCCUUUGUAAUACUGUCUUUUUCACAUCAGAAUACUUUGUUGUAUAAGACAAAUUUCAUGUUUAUUUUGAUUAUUAUUCCAGUGGGAAAAGAAAUUGAUUACAAUAUGCAGCAUAUACAGUGUACUCAAAAAAGAAAUCAAUAAUUUUUUAUCAUCCUGAUCAAAGGGGAUAAAAUAUUGCACAGGCUUGUGUGGUAUAGAACCUUAUAGUACAAAUGUUCUAUUUGUAUACUGCAAUGAUUUCAUAGGGAAGGAAAGUAGGGAAUGGAGGAUAUGAAAUUGUUCUAUGGAAUAAUGUUUGGAAAGGAUGUUGAAUAUAAGAAGCCAAAAUGUAUUUGCUACUAGAUCUGCAGGAGAAAAAGACUUGUUUGGUUGAAAAUCUCUUCAUUCUUGCCAGUGAGACACCCAGCUUGAUCAUCUUCAUGACCUACUUUAUUACACAUGUUAAUUUAUAAACUUUUGAUAAUAGGUCCAUGAUAUAUAUUUUGAUUAACAGUUCCUUUGUUAAACCUUCUUCAUCCUUCUAUUCAUGUGAUGUUUACAUGAGUUCAGCUAAUAUAUUUGUAUAAUUUUUAUAGUUACAUAUGAGACACCAGAUGCACUGCAGGUUACAUAUCAUUAAUUACAAUCAAACAAUUACCUUGUUUUCCUUGUCUCUUUGUAAAAAUGUCAGGUUUUUAUAACAAUGAGUAUGUGAUUUCCACUGAAUGUCUUUUGUCGUAUGGCAUUUAUGUACACAAGUUUUUGUG